GAGUCGGAUCCAGGAGGUGAGACAGACGCGCCCAUCGCGCCCCGCUGCGGGGGGGGACGGCGGCUCCCCUCCCCCCCUCCCCGGUGCAAUGGGCACGCCCAGGCUGAGUCGGGGCGGAGCGGCCCAUUGUCCCAGGAAGGGGGGGACGGUUGGGGGUGCGGACCAUUGUCCCGGGCCGCGGGCGGGACCAUCGAGCUCGGCGCGGAGGGGGGAGCGCAGGGCGGGCUGCGAGAGAAGCGGAGAGGAGGAGUCCGGGGCCCGGGCUGACCUCGGAAUCACCGCAGGAGCCGGAACAGCCAGCCGCCACCGCGAUGAGCGGAGACCACAACCCGGCCAGCACCCCGACCCCGGUCCAGGACGUGCAGGGCGACGGGCGCUGGAUGUCCCUGCACCACCGCUUCGUGGCGGACAGCAAGGACAAGGAGCCCGAGGUGGUCUUCAUCGGGGACUCCUUGGUGCAGCUGCUGCACCAGUGCGAGCUCUGGAGGGAGCUCUUCUCCCCUCUUCAUGCCCUCAACUUCGGAAUAGGUGGGGACAGCACUCAGCAUGUCCUGUGGAGGCUGGAGAAUGGGGAGCUGGAGCACAUCCGCCCCAAGAUCGUGGUGGUCUGGGUGGGGACCAACAAUCACGGGCACACGGCAGAGCAGGUCACAGCUGGAAUCGAGGCGAUUGUGGGCCUGGUAAACCAGCGGCAGCCCCAGGCCCGAGUGGUUGUGCUGGCCCUGCUCCCAAGGGGCCAGCACCCCAACCCACUGAGGGAGAAGAACCGCCGUGUCAAUGAGCUGGUCCGAGCAGCCUUGGCAGGCCGGCCACGUGCUCACUUUCUGGAUGCUGACCCUGGCUUUGUGCAUUCGGAUGGCACCAUCAGCCACCAUGACAUGUAUGACUACCUGCAUCUGACCCGCCUGGGCUACACACCUGUGUGCAAGGCGUUGCACGCUUUGUUGCUGCGCCUCCUGGCUGCAGGCCAGGGGCCCCCACAGCCUGAGCCAGGCUCCUGAAUUCCCUCCCCAUUAAACACCUUCUUUCUCCA